AUGAACCUGAAGGACUGUGCAGCAUGCACUGCAGCCAUGGCCAUGUUCCAAAUUGUAUCUCAUAACUGGUCCCUGCUGCCCAGUCUGCAGCUUCCAUUGCCAAAACUUUUGAUCCUACAGUCUCUUUGCGUGAAAGCCAGUACACCUCCAAGCUCUUGGUACACUGAUCCAUCCUUCCUCCAACUUGAGCUCCAGCAUGUUUUCUUUCGAGGAUGGCAAACUGUUGGUUUUACUGAACAUGUGGAGAAUCCUUGCGACUUUUUCUCAGGAAGGUUGGGAAAUGUAGAGUAUUUAGUCUGCAGAGAUGCAAAAGGAGAUCUUCAUGCAUUUCACAAUGCAUGCAGGCAUCGUGCUGCUCUCCUCGUCUCUGGCAAAGGAAGCAAGUCCUGCUUCUCAUGUCCUUAUCAUGGAUGGACUUACGGAUUAAAUGGGUCACUCUUGAACGCUAACAGAAUGGCUGGGAUUCAGAACUUCAACAAAGAUGACUUUGGGUUAGUACCAAUCAACAUAGCUACAUGGGGACCUUUUGUUCUGAUAAAUUUGGACAAAGAUAUACCAUUUCAUCAGAAAUCAACUGCAGAGAAAGUGGAGUAUGAAUGGCUUGGGGAUGGUUCAGAAAUAAUGAGCACCAAUUUGAAUUAUUUGUCAGUAAAACACGUCCGGAGGCGAGAAUAUGUCAUUGAUUGUAACUGGAAGGUUUACUGUGAUAAUUUUUUAGAUGGCGGCUAUCAUGUUCCUUAUGCACAUAAAGGCUUUUCGUCAUCUCUCAACAUGAACACAUACACUACCGAGGUUUAUGAGAAGAUUAUUGUACAAAGAUGUGAGAGUGCUUCCACAAACGAUAACAGGCUCGGAUCAGAUGCAUUUUAUGCAUUUGUUUACCCAAACUUCAUGGUUAGCAGGUAUGGUCCUUGGAUGGAAACAAACUUAGUUCUUCCAAUGACUUCAAGUAAAUGUCAAGUGAUUUUUGAUUACUUCCUCGACGAAACACUGAUGGAUGACAAAGUCUUCAUAGAGAAAAGCUUAGAAGAGAGCCAUGCAAUUCAGGUGGAAGAUGUUGAGAUUUCUGAAAGAGUUCAGAGAGGAUUAGAAUCACCAGGCUACUGCAGUGGAAGAUAUGUACCAUCUGUUGAAAUGGCUGUGCAUCAUUUUCAUUGUCUUCUUCAUCAGAGCAUCAAUCAAAAUUUAUAUUAACAAACAUACAUACAUACAUAUACAUCUAUAAUAUAUAUAUAUAUAUAUUGAUGUUUGGAUUGUAUCAAUAUUGUUUUAGAAUAUUUGGCCUGCAUUUAAUCUCUUGUUAUUGUUUCUUUUGUUCAUUUGUUCAAUAGAACAAAAGAAGA